AUGGCUGAGUCAUCAGACAGCCAGAGGAAGGGGACCGGAGUCGGAAAACGAGCUGGUGGGUCAUUUGAGGCGGCCACAACCGAACCUGGAUCGAUUCCCAACCCGCCUUGUGGGGCAUGCAAAUUCCUGAGAAGAAAGUGUGUCAACGGGUGCAUCUUUGCACCCUACUUUGGGUCCGACCAGGGUGCAGCCCGGUUCGCAGCGGUACAUAAGGUGUUUGGAGCCAGCAACGUGUCAAAGCUGCUAAUGCACAUACCAGUGAAUCGGAGACAACAUGCAGUUGUGACCAUAUCCUACGAAGCCCAGGCUAGGUUGUCCGACCCGGUUUAUGGUUGUGUUUCAACUGUACUGGCCUUGCAACAACAGGUAGCAGCGUUGCAGACAGAGCUAGCAAUGGUACAGAACCAGCUGAUAAACAACAAGCUUCUGGUAGCAAACGCACUUCAGAGUUCACAGCAGCAACUGGAGCCAAUGCACCACCUUUCACUGUUACAGCCAGCAUAUUCAAAUGCUUCAUCUGCUUCAAAUAACAACAUACUUAACAUGAACAGCUUUGAUUCUGGUUUGAAUAAUCUUGCAGAUGAUCAUCACAGUAAUGCUCUUUCACAACAGAGCUUUAAUCCUCUACAGCUUUGUCAACCAUGUCAUGAUGACGAGGAUGACGACGAGGAAGAGAGUGGGGACCCUUUGGCCUUUGCCAAUCAGAUGCUCCAAUCCAGAUAA